CGGAGGGAUCGAAGUCAUUUGCGGGGUUCUGCUGCCCAAAUACGCGAGCCACGACCUCUGUACCUGGGUCAACUCGAGCAGAUCACUCAUGCGGACAUGCUCCAGGCCAUCGGGAACAUGCUGGCAACCAUCGGUAUGGAUGGUUUGACCGGGCACCGUGCAGAAGGCGAUAUCUGCCAUCAAGCACAUGACAGACGGCUGGGGGGUCGUAAAGACACAGCUAGGCGUCGAGAUUGCCUCAAAGACGGGAUUGACGAACACCGCGUAGUAAGCGAUGGCGACGAUAGCGACUGUAGAACAAUGGGCUUUGGCUCGACAUACCGUUUGACGGCCUUGACGGGACCCAGAGGUGGUAUCCACGGCCUGUCCUUGCUCUAUGUCUUCGAGAGGAUCGAGCGCAGACGACGGGCGCGAACGGUCUGCAGUCUGUGGGUUGCUCAGGCAUCGGCGUGUUCUCGAGACAAAGGGAACCUACCUGCUGAGCUCGCUUCGCCAGAGCACGCCCCCUUGCGGGCGUAUUGGCCGCAGCUGAGUAGGGGGAAGAGGACCGUUGGACAUGGGCCUUUGUGGUCUCUGGCCGGCGGCUGUGGACAAAGGAUCGCUCAUUGGCCAAUCAGCCUGAAUCCCACGAUAAUAGAACAGGACGACGACUCGUCAACGAAUGUCUGCCAUCCUGAUGGUUCACCCAGUACUUACUGAUCUUGAGAAAGGGGAUGAUUUGGCUGGGAUCCUACACU